AUGACGCAGCAACACGUUCAGGUGCACCCUCCGAGAGGAAAAGAAUCCCGAAUUUCUGCGGUGGAGGUUUCCAAUGUGCAAAGCCGCUUAUUGGAGAUUGAGAUGCUUCUUGGGCUUAGCUCGAUACGGAACAAAGCUAACAAAUGGAGGAAAAUUGGAUCCCAACAAAUAGUUUUGGACAGUGAGAUCCCGGACGACAUCAUUCCGUUCCAACUCCCCAAGGAUGUCUACUCGAUUGUGGCAACUUGUGGCGCUUCAUCACCAUCAUUUUGGAUUGCGUUGCUAGUCAUAUUUGGUCUCCAAAUUUCGCUGCUUGUGCUCCUGCUCCUUGAUCAAAUCGGACUUGAAGAUGAUAACGUGUUGGGUACACCAGCCAAUGUUGAAGUAAUUGUUCGCGCUGCUCAAGUACUCGCACUAGUGAUUGCCUUAUUCAGCCAAAGUGAUCUUCGGCAAGGUGUAGAGGGAAUUUCAGAAGGAUUGCCAGGCAUCUAUCAAGGCAAUGACAGCUUUCAAACCAUGGGUCCAGCGCGAUGGCAUUUUGCUUAUGCCAUUCGGUUUCUUCAAGGGUUUGUCAACUUGUUUGCAUCAUUUGUCUUGCUGCUUCAGGCUGAGACUGUGUUCGACGUAUUGCUGAAUUUCCUGGGCGUCCAGUUCAUAUCGGAUCUUGACGAUCUGGCAUUUGAUCUGGGUGGAAAAGGGUACUUUGGAUACUCGGCGCAACAGGUUAUCCAUAACAUUAUGCAAGCAAGAUUCCUUCGAGAUUCUACAACUCACAAAUGUCGUACUUACGCACACGUGAUUGGCAUCUUUGCCGUGUUGGUUGUCAUGGUCGGUAUCUUCCCAAACCUGGCCAUUCAACAAGACCAAGGUGUUUUUGCAAUUGAGACUGUGACAGCUGAAUUUGGCGACGAGGUGAUCUCGUUCAUGGGUCUCUUCAAUGGUUGCUACAGAGCCAGAAAGGAAGGUCCGGCCCUGAAUAGGCGACUGGUCUAUAAACAGAUUGGAUCAGAGGUAAAUGGUGGCAAAUUUGGAUAUUGCGAUAACCUCGAAGAGGCGUCAUCUGAGGGCUGGGUGUUCUUUCAAGGCGACUCAGUGGAGGAUGCGUGCGAGACGUACAUUCUCCGGUCUGACAAAACCAACACAUUUGACUUACUGGAUGCAGCGGCCACCCAAUGGUAUACAAAAGGUGGUCAGCUUGUUGAUUACCUGCAGGUGUCGCAGGUUCCAGAGGAUUCAAUGUCAAGAGAGUGUGGCUUGGGAAUCUUUCGUCGAACCAAUAAUACCUGUGACCUACUAGAGCUACCCACAAGAUUCGACAGUCUACAAGGUACUGGUUCGCGGCUGUUUGAGAAGCUAGACGUGACUUCAGUACAGGUUGGCGACUACCUUGAUACAACACAAUCCCACCCAAUCUAUCUCGGCAAGUCAUCGUCGGAGAUUAUCCUAUUCACCGGUCGUAGAUGGGUGAUGACUACGAUAGAUGAAGGGAGUGAAAAGUUUUCAAGCAUCAGAGAUGGCUCAAAGUGGAACCAUACUGCAGUACUUGAUUACUUUUACAAUCAAGGCUUUCCGGCAAUGGAACAAAGCAAACUUAAAAGUCGUGAAUGGGUCUUGGCCAUUAGCGAAAUUGUUGAUACCACUACUGAUCCUGGAACACCAUUGGCCUUACAGUGGUACAAUGUGCGAUACGAAUCAAACACGGGCCGCAGUUUCCCAUUUGCAGACCUCACACGACCCCAAGAGGCCAAACUGGGCUGUGCACGGUGUGAUGAUGAGUUUGUUUGUUGUGCAAAUGAAGGCGUUUGCGUUAACGGGGUUUGCGAAUGCCAAAAUCGUGCUACUGGAGUACUCUGCGAGGACGCUCCAUUGGGAGACGGGCUUUGCGACGAUUAUUUCAACACAGCCAAUUUUGAUUACGAUGGCGGGGAUUGCUGUGGAAGCACAUGUACCGGAGCACUAUGUGGGCGAGGUGGUCUGAGUGUCGCUUUUGGUGUCGAUCUGAGAGACAAUACUUUCUUAAGCCAGCACCUGAAAGAUGAAACUGUUAUUGGAUUUGAAAACUGCUUUGAUCUUGAAAUGGAGACGUUUACAAUUGAAUUGGUUCCUGUCGACGUACCCCUUGACGAGAUUCCCAUGACGGCUGGACGAAACUGUGGUCUCGAAUCCGUGACAGUAAUUUGCGAUGGUGUCCUAUAUCUUCGAACCCCCAACCUGUACAUGGCUGAAAGUAUUGACGAGGGGGUGGAAAACUGCCACGAAGAUGCUCCUAUGAUUCAGCCAAUUCACUUGCCGGCCGGAGUGAACUGUGAGUUGUCAAGACCGUUGGAUGACUUUGAAUGGUUUUAUGAUGCUUUACUUUUUCGAGGGAAUACUACAGAUUCAACCAGUAUCCGGCAAGGAAACAACUCAGCAACUUCUCUAUCAUGGUUGGUACCAGCUGAAUGCCUUGCUGAAGUUUUUACAGAAUAUUUGGGCGACGUCAAUCGACUCUACGAUACAAACUCUCCCGAAGGUGCUGCAAUCCAACGCAUGGCUUCCGAUGGAACUUCAGCUCUGUUGUGUACUCUUGAUCAAGAUCUGGUUAAGGAGAGAUACGCACUGACAAUGCUCAAUAUCUCACUUGUCUUUGAGUCUCAAACUUCGCAAGAACACCAAUGUUAUGGAUGGGGAUCAGGGUCACUUGGGAUUGAUAUCAUCUCGAACCUUGAUCUUCCUAGCAAUUAUGAUCUCUUUGGAACAUUGCCAACAGAAAUUGGUUUGCUUAAUUCAUCUUUGACACGUCUAAAUCUGAAUGCAACAGGAAUUACGGCACCACUGCCAAUAGAAUUUUUUAAGCUUUCAACAUUGGCAUAUCUUGAUCUUGGGCUUUCUUUUGAGGGCACAAUUCCUACUGAAAUCGGAUUGCUCUCCGAACUUACGCACCUGAACUUUGAGUCAGAAUAUCGGAAUCAGAUUGCCGUCAAUGGAACGUUGCCUACAGAAAUUGGGAAGCUUACGAAGCUCUCGUAUCUCAAUCUGCGGUUCAAUUCUUUGACUGGAACAAUGCCGACGGAAAUUGGUCUGCUCUCCGAACUCGGGUACUUGAACCUUGAGGGUGGAGAAUUGCGUAGCUGCAACUUAUCUGGAAAGAUUCCGACAGAAAUUGGACUGCUCGAUAGCCUAGUCGAACUGUCUUUGGGAAACAACAAUCUCAGCGGAGUCGUACCUACUGAAAUUGGUCUCUUGACCAAUCUCACCACCUUGGAUCUAGCUUCGACCGAUCUAAGUGGAAGCAUUCCAAGUGAAAUCUGGGCGCUACCGAAUCUUUCUAGGCCUGAUUUUUCUGGAAGCGGUCUGUAUGUUGAUGUGACAGACCCAGACUUCUCUUGUGAUGAAACGACUGUAGAACUUGUACUAAUGGGAGAGAAUUGGGCAGUUGAAGUGACAUGGGAAAUCACCACAGAUGAUGGCACUGUGGCUGCAUCAGGUGGCGGUAGCUCCUUGUACCCGAUCCGUUGGACUCCGUACCUCGAAAAGAUUUGUGUUCCAUCGGAUGCUUGCACCUUUACCCUUUUGGACCAAGGCGGCGAGAUUGUUAAAAUCAUACGAUUGGGGGUAUUCCACCAGUUCAAUCCGAUGUUUACAGAGAGGGGGGCUUCCAUGGAUAUAUGUACAUAA